UUGCGGAAAUGAAUGGAAGCGCGAGAUGGGAAUUCGUUCGAGGAGAUACAUUGUCAAAGAGUGGUAUUUAUCACGUUAAUCUCGCUCGCGAUUGAUUUGUCGAUGAUAAUAGCAGCGUCUUGAAGUUACAAGUCCAAUUGCUGCUUCGUGCUUCACGGGAUAUCGGCUGCUAUUAAGAAUCGAGUGAUUUCGGGACGUUCUUUUCGGUGGAAAUCAUUCGAUUAAUAACGUUAUUCAAGUACACCCUCAAAAUGACACGACUGGAAGUGUUGGGUUUUUUUCUCGCGCUGUGUUACGUCUUGAUCUUAGCGGAUGAACAGUACUGUACGUGGUACGGUGAGUGCGGAAUAGAUGGGGAGACAUUUUUUCCACGGACUUGCGUGGCAAAGAACAAUAAAGCCCAGCCGAUCAACGACUCGACAGUCGAAGCUGUUUUAAUGAAAAAAUGCCCGCAUUUCUUUCAAAACGGCGAACCGCCAGAGCGAACAUGCUGCGAUGCAAAACAGAUCCUUACGAUGGAUAACAGCAUGAAUAUGGCGGAAAGUGUUUACGGCAGGUGUCCGACUUGCGUAAAAAAUAUGUUUCGACUGAUUUGCGACUUCACAUGUAGCCCUGAACAGAGUCGAUUCGUGAAGGUGACUAAAAGUGCUGAGGAAAAUGGUAAAGAGUAUGUCGUCGAAUCUCAGGUUCACGUCACGGAAGCAUUCAUAAAUGGAACUUACGAUUCCUGCAAAAACGUUAUCAAUCCUACAAGCGGAAAUUUGGCCAUGGACAUUGGCUGCGGCUCACUUGGAGCCAGUAAAUGUUCCCCAAAAUUGUGGUAUGAAUACUUGGGCAAAUUGAACCCUUUCAAGCCCUUCGUAAUAGACUAUAUUUAUGACGCAGCUGACGAAUGGGGCGCCGAACCAUGGAAUAUUACAACGAAAAAUUGCAGCGAGGUUUAUGACAACUCGUCUAAGGUCUGCAGCUGCGUUGAUUGCCCCAUCGCGUGUCCCUUCAUACAAUUAGACAUUGACGCUAACGAUACGUUCAUGAUUGGCGAAUUUAGUGGCUACGGCGUCAUAGCGGCUAUACUUGUCAUUUUGAUUACAAUUAUAGUAGGUGGCAUAUACACAGUGAUCAAGAAACGUAGAAAUGGUUCUUUCAAGACACCAACGAAAAAGACUGACAGAAAGUGUAGGCAAAGCUAUCAAAAAGUCUUUGAAGUAGCUUUCGCUGCUUGGGGAACAGGGUUCGCCAAAUAUCCCAUUAUCACUUUGUUCGCUAUCUCGUGCAUCAUUCUUGGUCUGAGUUACGGAAUCACGCACCUUUCGGUGACAGUUAAUCCCAUCGAAAUAUGGGCGGCGGCGAAUAGCAGAGCGAGAAUAGAAAAGGAUUAUUUCGAUAGUCAUUUCCAGCCGUUUUAUCGGACCGAGCAAAUCUUUAUAAAGUCUGUUGGUCUUGAUAAGAUAAGACAUAAUACUUCAUUAGGAAUUAUGGAGUUCGGACCAGUGUUUAACAGAGAGUUCUUGCUAGCCGUAUAUGACCUGCAGCAGCAGAUUCUUCAAUUAGGCCAAGAAACCGGCGAAGGACUAGAAAAGAUCUGCUAUGCUCCUGUACAAAGCGAAUUUAUCGGACCAGUUACUCUUAAUCUCUGCACUGUGCAAAGUGUAUGGGGAUAUUUUCAAAAUGAUCUCACUAAAUUUAAUAAAACAGAGGUGAUCGAAGAAUACAAAACUAACUACUUAGAUUACUUGUACAAAUGUAUGCAAAAUUCUUUUAAUCCAGACUGCAUGGCGCUAUAUAAAGGACCCAUAAUACCAGCUGUAGCGAUUGGAGGUUUUCUGAGAGAAGGAGAAUUUCAAUACGAAUCUUCGGAUUACAUUAAAGCGACUGGAUUAGUUUUAACGUUUCUGGUAAGAAAUUCUCUUAAUGAGAAGGAUCUCGUGCCAAUCAUCAAAUGGGAACAACGCUUCCUCGACUUUAUGGAAAAGUGGAACCAAGAUGGUCGACCUGAUUUUAUGGACGUCGCAUGGUCUACUGAAAAAUCGAUACAAGACGAAUUGGAUAGGACAUCGAAAGCGGAAAUGAUAACGGUGGUCAUCAGUUACCUUGUUAUGUUUCUUUAUGUCGCCUUAGCUCUCGGUAAAAUAAAGGCUUCCGUUAUUGGCUGUUUCACUAAAAGCAGAAUCGUAUUGAGCGUCGGUGGAAUCAUCAUAGUUAUAGCAUCGGUCGCUUGUUCUCUUGGUAUUUUCGGCUAUAUUGGCGUACCAACUACUCUACUCACAAUCGAGGUAAUUCCUUUCUUAGUGCUAGCUGUCGGAGUUGACAAUAUUUUCAUUUUGGUGCAAAAUCAUCAAAGAAAUCCACGAGACGUCGACGAAACAAUUCCAGAGCACAUCAGUAAAGUUCUGGCUGCAGUUGGACCCUCAAUGCUGCUUACCAGUACAUCCGAAUGUUGCUGUUUCCUCAUUGGGGCAUUUUCUGCAAUGCCAGCGGUCAAUACCUUCGCCAUGUACGCCUCGGUAUCGAUUUUAAUUAAUUUCCUCCUUCAAAUAACAGCUUUUGUUGCUUUAUUGUCGCUUGACUCCCGGAGAGCUGAGAAUAAUCGCCUGGACGUUUUCUGCUGCGUUUCCGUCAAGAAUAGCUCGAAUGUCGACGAACGCGAUGGUAUUGUUCGCGCAAUCUUCGAGCGCACCUACACGCCGUUUCUGAUGAAAACGCCGGUCAGAGUUGUCGUCAUAGUGAUCUUCGUCGCUGCUCUCGCUACUCACGUGACAAUCUUUCCGCAAAUGGAGAUUGGUCUGGACCAGAAACUCUCGAUGUCCGAAGACUCUUACGUUCUCAAAUACUUUACGUAUAUGGAAGAUCUUUUUUCAAUGGGACCACCUGUAUACUUUGUGCUGACAGAAGGCCUGAAUUACAGCAAGAAAGAAGUACAGAACAUCAUAUGCGGCGGUCAAGGAUGCAAUACGGAUUCUUUAUACACGCAGAUAUAUUCGGCUUCCAAACAAUCCUCCGUAUCCUAUUUGUCUAAAGCAGCUUCAUCUUGGAUAGAUGAUUACCUCGAUUGGUCGUCGAUUGAUAGCUGCUGCAGAUAUUACACGAACAACCAAUCCUACUGUCUGCACACUAAUGGUGACUGUGAGCCAUGCAAGAUUGCCAUUGAUCAAGAUACCUCUCGUCCGAACGAGACGGGUUUCAGAAAGUAUAUCCCAUAUUUCGUGAACGACAUUCCAGACGAAAAAUGCGCCAAAGCUGGCAAAGCCCUUUAUUUCGAUGCAAUAAACUUUUAUUACGAUGAGUAUGGUCUGACAAAUGUGAAUGAUUCGUAUUUCAUGGGUUACCAUACGCCCUUAAAAAAAUCAUCAGAUUGGUACGAGGCGCUAGAAGCUGCCAGGAUAAUAUCGGAAAACAUCACAAACAUGAUCAACAAUGCUAAUGUGUCCGAUCAAGAAAUUCAUGUAUUUCCAUAUAGUGUAUUCUACGUGUUCUACGAGCAGUACUUAACUAUCUGGCGGGAAACCUUAUCGUCGAUAGGUUUAUCCCUUGCUGUGAUCUUCGUGGUUACGCUAUUUCUCACAGGAAUAUCAUUAUUCUCCGCAGUGAUAGUCGUUCUUACUGUCUUGAUGAUAAUAAUUAAUUUGGCGGGUCUAAUGUACUGGUGGAACAUCAAUUUGAACGCAGUUUCUCUUGUUAAUUUAGUUAUGGCAGCUGGUAUCUCCGUAGAAUUUUGCAGCCAUAUAGUGCAUUCCUACAUUACUUCUGCAGAGACGACGAGGAUCGGUAAAGCAUCGGAAGCCCUUUCCGUCAUGGGAAGUUCUGUAUUCUCCGGGAUUACUUUGACCAAAUUCGUAGGAAUCGUGGUACUGGCGUUUGCAAAGACACAGAUUUUUCGCGUUUUUUAUUUUAGAAUGUAUUUGGGAAUUGUACUGUUUGGAGCGGCUCACGGUCUAAUAUUCUUACCAGUGUUAUUAAGUUUUGUUGGUGAGUAUCGCAUAAUCACAUUUUGAAAUCGCUAAUUUUUUUAAAUAUAAUAGGAUAUGAAGAGCAAUAAUUAUUAAUUAUUACAGGACCUGUAUAGAAUACUUAUUAUUCCAUGAAGCUGAUAAGACUCGUAAAAAAAGUGCACAGCAAUGUAACAGCCAUCCCAUGUUGACUUAUGUGUUUGUUUAGAGAUUAUCAAUAUUAUUGCAUAAAUUAUUUCAUUAAUAUAUGAAUCUACGAAAUUUUAAUUUCUGCAUUGCUAUUCAAAUAUCAUUUGCAUUAGACUGGAUACACAGUCGUGUAUUAAUCAACGUGUGACAAUCAUCAUGUAUAUAAUUGUAUAUAUAUAUUCAGCGAAUCUUAGUGCAAUUUUUCACCAAACCUAU